UCUUUAGUAGUUCGCUCAUCCACAACCUGAAAGGCAGUUCACCUUUUAAGACUUCAGAUGUAAAGAGAAGACGCAGCGUGUUUGUGUUUAAGUUAUUUUUUAACACGUUUUCAGACGUGUUCUGGUAACGCGUUUUCUUUAGAAGUGUUUUUAUAUUUGGCACGAGUUUUUGGAUCUGUUUGUUUGCCUGGUCGCUUCAGACGGAUUCGUGAUCUCCAUCCUCAGUCGGUUUGAUCUAAUCAAAUGACAGACAGCAGAUUGACGGACCGCGACGGAAAACAGACGCGGAUCCCUAACCGUCUGAUCUCCGAUGGAGUUGUUUGUGCGUUUCUAAACGGAACUGGAAAAACAACCAGAGACCGAUGAACAGUGACAUGAUUGAUUCGUUCGUGUCCCGUUAUAUUCGAGCUCUUCUUUGAGAGGAGUUACUGAAGCAAAUGCGUUUAUUUUUGUCCGGUCAUGUGUUCACUAAAAGCUCUUCAGGACUGGUGUCGAGAUGUUUGUGAAGGUUACUCCCAUGUUCAGAUCAGAGACAUGAGCUCUUCAUUCACAGAUGGACUGGCUUUCUGUGCGAUCAUCCACAAACACAGACCCGAUCUACUAGAUUUUCACUCCCUGUCCAAACAGAACGUCUAUGAGAACAUGCGUCUGGCGUUUGACGUUGCGGAGCGUGAGCUGGGAAUUCCUGCUCUUUUAGAUCCAGAUGAACUGGUGUCUGUGAAGGAGCCGGAUCUUCUGUCCAUCAUCACUUACAUCUCUCAGCUCUACAGUCUCUUUAGAGGAAACUCCCACGUGAGUCAGAAGAUUCCUGUGAACAAUGAAUCCAGCAACUCCAAAACACGAGAACAGACACACACUAAGUUCUCAUCAGAUGUGGUCAGAUCGUCAAAUAAGCGAGUCUGUAACGUCUGUCACACAUGUGUUCAUCUCAUUCAGAGGGUUUUAGUAAAGGGGCGACUUUAUCACCGCUCAUGCUUCAGGUGCAGUCGCUGUCGUCGCUCUCUGCUGCCGAUCUCUUUCACAGUGGACAGUGAGAGACUGACAUACAAGAACCUCCCAAACCUGCUCCCAGAAAGAGGGCAGGGCCUCAGGAACCUCCUCGCCCCUCCCCCAGAUCACCGGAUCAUCGUCCUGACAACGAGCGGUGUCCGUAAGGAACAUCCCUGGAUGAAGCUGGUUGAUCCUGGUCCUUGGUCUCGUCUUCCUCCUGUUCAACCUGCUCAUUCUCGCCUCCGCCCCAUGACCUUUAACCCUUUCCUGGAAGACAAUGAGGAAGAGUCCAAGGAUGAAGAGAAAACCUCUUUCAGUUAUCAAACCCCAGCUGCACACAAACCCCAAACCUCAUCUUCAGUUCCCAGCAUGCACCAGGCAGCAGCUUCUGUUUGUGGUUUCCCGCUCGUCAAGAGGAAGGUGAUGACAGACACACGCGUGUCGGAGAAGCAGGUGUGUGAGGAGCAGAAGAAGCUGGAGGAGCGUCUGCUGGAGCUGGAGAGAAGAGGAGUGCAGCUAGAGACUGAGAUGAGGAGACGCAGUAACGAGAGUCUUCUAGUCGACUGGUUUCUUCUGAUUCAUGAGAAGAACAUGUUAGUGCGCAGAGACACAGAGCUGGUGUAUAUGGUGAAGCAGCAGCGUCUGGAGGAUCAACAGGCUGAUGUGGAGUUUGAGAUCAGAUGCCUCUUCAACAAACCAGAGCAGGACUGGAGCUCUGAUGACAGACGUCAGGAACAUGAGCUGAUGUCACGCCUGCUGUCAAUCAUUCAGCAGAGGAAUGACAUCAUCAGCAGCCUGGAUCAGGACAGGCAGAGGGAGGAGGAGGAGGACGUGAUGCUGACGGCUGUGAUCCAGAGGAUGGAGCUCCUGACACAGACGGACAAAUCCAGCAGGAGCUUCAAACACCUUCAGAUGUUCAAGAAAUCCAGGCGUAAGACAGCUGAAAAACAGCUGAAGAGCACAAAGAGACAGCUUUUUAAAUAAUGUCAAAUAAUAGAAAAUAAAACUAUCCAUCAGGA